AUGUCCUUCAAGAGGAAAUCCCAUGGUGACAAACAUGAUUUCGAUGGCAUUGGAGGUGUACUGGCACAUGCUUUCUUUCCAGCGUAUGGCUUAAAUAUCGGCGGCGAUAUCCACUUUGACGCUGACGAGGAUUGGACCGUCGAAAACACUAAAAUCGGUUCAAAAUCGCAUCUGUUCUCGGCCGCAGUUCACGAACUUGGUCACUCGCUCGGAUUGGGGCAUACCUCGACAAAUGUCAACGAUGAGUCGCUGAUGUUUGCUUUUUACAAACAGUUGCCUACAUAUUACGAAUUGCCACUAUAUGAUAGGAAAAACAUCCAACUGCUGUAUGGAGUUCCAGAAAUUAAACGAGGAGAAAAGAAUUCUCGAUUUACUACCACGACGACACAGAUACCUAAGCCUCGAUCUAAGCCAAAAUCGCUGCAAAGACAAAUAAAACUGAGACACAAACAUAAUUCGUUAAGUUCAAUGUCUAACCACAUUAUAAAACCCCAAACAACCACGCGUCGACCCACCACCAACUAUGAGGAGACCCGGGGAUGUCAUCUCGGGAAGUACGACGCCGUGAGCCUCUUAAGUGGGUCGUUAUGGAUAUUUUCCGGAGAAUAUUUGUGGUUGGUGAGAGAUAUGGAAAACCCUACUUACAAGGAGUCAACCAGAAUAGAUGGUUACUUCAAAUUCAACAAACAAAUCGAUCACGUGGACGCAGUUUAUGAAAGGUCUGAUGGUAACAUGGUGUUUUUUAUUGGUCGUGAGUACUACAUCUUCAAUAGGCCCAAUGUUUUAAUAUAUUCCGGGCCCCUCACCGAUUUUGGCUUGCCUCGUAAUCUAAAAAAAAUUGACGCUGCCAUGAUCUGGAAACACGACAAAGGGACUUACUUCAUUAGCGGAAUGAGUUACUGGAA